ACGGAAGGUUGACUUCAUUUUAAUAAAAGCAUGUCUUUACUCCUCAGUCCCAAGUUCAAGUCGAAUGCGUCAAUUUUAUUUAAACGCGACUGUCGUCCACUGCACACCGCAUCCAUACAUUAAUAUAUGUUACUCAAACCGAUUGAAUUCCAAGCGACAGUCUGUACCAGGCGCCCUUGAUCGGACAAUUAUUUCCGCGGGAUUCAAGUAUUCAUCGACCGGAUUGAACAGAAGCGCGCAAGGUUGAGAGUAACCACGCGAUACCGAACCAGUCAACGCAUCACUCGAACGCUCUGGUCUCCGAAAGACCGAACCCUGCCGCGGAGUGAGAUGAGAGAUCUAGUACCGCGGUACACGUGCGAAUGUCAGACGCGAGCCGCGCGGACUUGAAGCACCGACAUCGCCGGAAACACCUGUGGCACGAGCUCCGCCGCCUCGCAAGAGUGUAACACGCAAAAUGGGCAAGUGUUGUUCCUGUUUCUCGCGGUUCAGAGCGGUUUUCAGGCCGGAGACCGUGACGGACGGCCCGUCGAAGCCAGCGUGCACCAAGCCGGACUGUUUACCGCGUCCACCCGCCGUUCCGACUUCAGGGGAGGAUUUCAACGUUCCUGUGCUGACGAUCUCGGACGUGGACCCGUGCAUCCCUGAGAACGGGGCGAAUCACAGGACAUGGCGGUACGACUCGAUGACCCGGCAGGAUGACAAGGCUAGGCUCGUCGUCAGACGCGGCCAGGAAUUCUACGUGCACCUCACCCUGUCCAGAGAUUACGAUCCGAGCAUCGAUGGCAUGUCGCUGGUGUUCACGGUGGAUGGCGUGGAGAAACCGCAGUACGGCCACGGGACCUUGGUCGCGACCCCGGUCCUCUAUCCGGGACAAGUCUCCGAAGGCUCCUGGCAAGCCACCAUCGAAGCGACCGCAUCGAAUUUCCUUCGUCUAAAGAUCGUGCCAGCGCCUAACGCGAUCAUAGGCAAGUGGAGGAUGGACAUCGACACGAAGAACAGGAACCUGGACGGGGCAGUCAGCUUCACGAUGAAGGACCCUUUUUACUUGAUCUUCAAUCCGUGGUGCGAAGAGGACGUGGUGUUCCUGGAGGACGAAGACCAACGGCAGGAGUACGUGCUGGCCGAGGACGGGCUGAUCUGGCGUGGAAGUUACAAUCGUCUGAGGCCGACUGUUUGGAAGUAUUCGCAGUUCGAGCGAGACAUACUGGACUGCGCGCUGCACCUGAUGAUCCAAGUCGGGAAAGUCCGAGUGUCCGGCAGGGGCGACCCCGUGGUGAUAUCCAGGAUUUUGUCCGCGGCUGUGAACUCUCCGGAUGACAACGGCGCGGUGAUGGGCAAUUGGUCCGACGACUUUGGGGGUGGUACGCCGCCGACUAAAUGGCUCGGCUCCCAGAAGAUCUUGCAGCAGUACUACAAGACGAAGAAGCCGGUUAAAUAUGGCCAGUGCUGGGUGUUCUCCGGCGUCCUGGCUACCGUCUGCCGCGCCCUAGGACUGCCCUGCCGCGUGGUCACCAAUUACGCCAGCGCGCACGACACUCAGAGCAGUUUGACCGUCGAUUAUUUCGUGGACGCCGAGGGCAGGGUGAUGGAGGAGUUGAACAGCGACUCGAUAUGGAACUUCCACGUUUGGAACGAGGUAUGGAUGAAGCGGCUGGAUUUGUCGCCGGACUGUUCGGGCUGGCAGGCGAUCGACGCGACUCCUCAGGAGCUGAGCGAGGACGCCUACCGUUGCGGUCCGGCUUCCGUCGAAGCUGUGAAGAAGGGCGAGGUCCUGCGACCCUACGACAAUGGUUUCCUCUUCGCGGAGGUGAACGCGGACAAGGUGUUCUGGCGGUACAACGGUCCGACCCAGCCCUUGAAGCUGAUUCGAAAGGACGUGUACGGGAUCGGCCAGUUUAUCAGCACCAAGGCUGUCGGGAGAUGGGCGAGGGAGGACAUCACUCAUACCUACAAGUAUCCUGAAAAGUCGGAGGAAGAGCGGGCUGCCAUGCUGAAGGCGCUACGCCAGAGUCAAUCGUUGUUCAGCCGCUACUACUUGAACGAGGAAUUCAACGACAUCAUGUUCAACUUCGAGCUUCGCGACGACAUCGUGAUCGGUGAACCGUUCAGUGUCGUGUUGCUGAUCAAAAAUCGAAGUAGCUACAACGAAUACCGGGUCUCGGUGAUUUUGAGGGUGGAAACGGUGCUGUACACCGGUCGAGUCGGCGACCCGGUGAAGAGAUUAAACAUCGAUCGGCUGGUGAGGCCCGGAGUUCUCGAGGAGGUGCGGAUGGACGUGUCCUGGGAAGAGUACGGUCUGCGACUGAUGAACCAGUGCGCGUUCAAUAUCGCCUGCUUGGCCACCGUCAAGGACACUAACUUCGAGUACUUCGCGCAGGACGAUUUCCGUGUUAGGAAGCCGGACAUUAAAAUUAUGUUGGAGAACGAUCCGGUGGUCGGCGAGACGUUGAACGCCAGGGCGAGAUUCAAGAACCCUCUACCGAUCCCGUUGAGAAAGUGCAGAUUCCUGAUCGAGGGACCCGGCUUGGACGAGCAGUUGAAGCUGAAACUGUCGGAGCCCGUCGAGGUGGACACCGACGCGGAAUGCUCGUUCUCCAUGGUGCCUAAAUUCGAAGGCCGCGCGACGAUCGCCGCGAAGUUUUACUCGAAGGAGCUGGAGGACGUCGACGGUUUCAUAAAUUUCAUGGUGAAACCGUCGGCAGCCGUGGACGGCGAAUAAGCGGCGUCGGUUCUAAAUGAAAUCGGCGAACGUUGCCGGACGUUCGCGCACGCCGUUCGGCGGAGCUAGCAUUAAGUCAAUAUUUAUUCUCGUAAUCUCGUACAAGAUGGAACGUACAAAGCACGCCCGUCGUCCGGUCCCUGUCGCGGCUACGUCGAGCCGACGAGCGGCAGGCGGUCGCGGCGAACUGUCAGAAACUGGCAGCGGUAACGGAACGAAUGGCAUACCGGUUCGGAACGGGCUUCUGCGUCGAGCCAAUAAAAAAUUCAAUCGGCGGUGAACUACCUGAGCGGCGCGGAUGGCCGAGGACUACCGGCUACACGUGGCAGGCGAUAUUAACGAGCGGCGAUCGGGGACCAGCGCGGCCGGCCGAUUAUUCCGAAUAAGAGAAGGACGGUUAAACAGCGGAUCGAACGAGAGGAGAGGACGGAGGACGGACGCCGCGCAACGAGAGCCGGGCGCAGCGAUGAUGAGCCCUCGCGACGCAUCGCUACUCACGAGCAUGACGCGGGCCAUGCAUCACCAUCUAGGAAAUUAAUGUUGAAAUAUAACGUACAACGAACGACGGGGACGCCGGAGGAGACGAGGCUCGUCCGCGCGUCCGGAGAAGGGACCGUCGAACGGCCGCGAACAACGGGGACACAAUGGGAAACGAGAUCGAGCUCGCGUCGCUCGCGGUCGUAUUGCUACGGACGAUUCUUUCCUGGGCCCCCUUUUUCUUUCUCUCUCUCUCUCCCUCUCUCUCUCUCUCUCUCUGUCUCUCUGUCUGCGACGCGAUCGUCUUCGUUUUACGAUCCCGUGGAAUGCGCGUCCGUGGCACGGAAUCACUUACGGACAAGGUAAUAUUUUUGUAGCGGGUUCCCGUCUCGAUUACGGGGAGGACGAGGGGGAAGGGAAGGCAACGAUAAGCUGGUAGCAAGUGAAGACGAAUACGAGGAUCGUAUACGGGAGAAGAAAAAUGGUAAACGAAAGGUCGGAGCCGAACGAGACGCGCUGGAAGACCGGCGGACGGGGCGAGAGAGAGGGAGAGAGCUUUGAGGAAGAACGAUACAGAAGAUAGCAGUGAGAUAUGUCUAAAUACAUAACCGUGACACGUGAUGGACGUGUUGCGGCCCCUGUCUACAGGGGUCUCGGCGAAGCCUACGGGGCCCGUACCGAUCUCCAUUUGGAUCCACGGGAUCCUGGACUCGGCACCCUGCUACGCGCUAUGCAUCAACACCCAAGAUCCAUCCCAUUAUACCUCAUCAAAAUAACAAACACGCCUUCCAUGCUAAACCAACAUUCUUUUGUUCCCAUCGAAUCCCAGGAUCCAUCAGAAUCACCGCGAACAGUGCGUCAGUGACGUAUAUGUUUUCGUGUAGCCGCCGGCCAUAGGGGGUCCCGCAGGCCCGCAACAAUCCGAGAAGAUACCGUGAAAUAUUGUCCAAUGACGGGAGGUCGAUUGCGUGCCCCGAAACUUCUUUACCGAGGAUUUUCCUCCCUUCUGCGCCUGUUCGGUCCUCCUCGGGUUUCCCCUGGGAUCUCAGCUUUUACGAGUGUUACGCGGUAAACGAUAUUGUUCGUGGUUUAUUAUAUCGUUAGAACUUGGUACCUUCGAAUUGUAUUCCUUGAGAAACCGGAAACGCUUCGCGUAAGCGUGACGUUAGCGUUGGGGAAGAAAAAGGUUUCACCCCCUAACGAGCGUGUCGGUUGCGAGUCGCGCCCCUAGAUGGCGGCACGGUCCUCGAAUGGAGAACACGGUUGGACUUGGGUGUCCUUACGUACCGCGAAACAGGGAUCGCCCGGAGAGUAUCCUCGUUUCCCAUGGAAUCGUACGAUGAUCGAUACUCUGGGAGAACGGAGAAUGUUGGGAGCGUAGGAGCGACUAAUAUAGGUAACAAGUGGUUACGUUCGUAAUUAGCUAGCGCAUAGAUCGUGUACGAUUGUUGCUGGACGCUUGAUUUCAAUUCCACGCGGAAACUCGUCCGCAUUUAACACUAGGACCACCGAGUAGUUGGAGUCAAUUUUCGAAUGGGUCCACUCGAUGCUGGUAGCUCUAAUCGAACAUUCGCAGUUCUAGCUUUGGCGGUUCUAGGUGAAUAGUCCUAGUGCUUCUAAGUUAAAUAAAUUUAGCAGUCCUUUCGAUAGUCUCGUGUCUAACUUUGGCGGUUCUAGUUGAACAGUCCUAGUGCUUCUAAGUUAAAUAAAUUUAGUAGUCCUUAUAGUCUCGCUUCUGGCAGUCCUGGUUCCAGUAGCUCUACUUCCACUGAUUCUAGUCUCGAUAAUUCUAGUUCUAACAGCUGCGACUCCGACAAUUCUACCCCUAGUAGU